UGAAGCUUGCCAGGAGAGCCGCUCGAGUUUUGAUCAUGGCGGCCGCUUCUUCGGACGCUGAUGUCCCUCCCAAUAAAACUACCAAAUUGGUCACUUUUCUGGGUAAAGGGGGCUCCGGCAAGACCACCUCCGCCGUCUUCGCAGCUCAGCGACAAUCUGCUUGCCGAGCGACCACCAUUAAUCAUGCUGCUGGUUUGACUGCUUCAAGCAUCAGAAUUGAAAGCCAACGUUCAAUGCAAUCUUCAUUGUUGUGUCUACUCGGUGCCCUCAACUCAGCUAUAAAAGGCUGGUCGAGCUGUCCUUUUCGAUCAUCGCCCACAUCCGAGCUCCUCUGUUUCUGAUUCUUUGUUCGUUGUUAGAGAGCAAGUUCCUUCCUCGAGUUCUGCUAGAUCCGGCCGAUUGUGGUUGUUGUUCGCCGGAGUAGACCAUUGUAUCCCAUUGAUAGACGCCGGAGCCUACGAGUGACCAGAGCAGGGUGUUACUGUCUUCAAGUCAGCACCUUUCGCGUGCCUCGGUCUUCCAACUUUUUCGAUUGCCGUUUCCAUCAUCGAAAUCUAGCAUUAUGCUAUGGCUGGGCUUAAAACAUGCCUGGUGAUACAUUCCCAAGAUCCUACUGCUGACUAUCUUCUAAAUUGUAAGAUUGGAACUUCUCCCACAACAUUAAACAUCAAUCUUUCAGCUGUUAGGCUAGAAACUACUAGAAUGCUGCUUGAACCUCUCAAGCGGCUUAAGGAAGCAGAUGCUCGUCUUAAUAUGACCCAGGGAGUACUUGAAGGGGUGGUUGGGGAAGAGCUUGGGGUGCUGCCUGGCAUGGACACCAUAUUUUCAGCCUUAGCACUUGAAAAUCUUGUAGGAUUCUUAAGGAAUAUGUCUCAGAUGAACCGGGAUAGAGACAAAUUUGAUAUUAUUGUAUACGAUGGUGUGAGUACUGAAGAAACAAUACGAAUGAUUGGUGCAACCAGCAAAGCAAGGUUGUACUUAAAAUAUUUGCGGCACUUGUCUGAAAGGACUGAUCUUGGGAGGUUAGCUGGGCCCUCUCUAUUGAGACUUGCAGAUGAAGCUAUUAGUUUGAGCAGCAGAGGGUCCAAUCUAAAUGGAAAACUGAGUACUGAGAUUUGGGAUGAUCUAGAACUAACUCUGGAGAGAGGAUCUUCUGUCUUUGUGGAACAAAGUAGAUUUGGCUGCUACCUCGUGAUGGAUCCAGAAAAUCCAGUUUCUGUUAAUGCUGCAUUACGUUAUUGGGGGUGUGCAAUCCAAGCUGGUGCACAGGUUUCUGGUGCACUUGGAAUCGUGUCUCCAAAUUCUAGUGUAGAAUCAACAGAGACUGUCAAGAACAACUUUUCACCACUGCCUUAUUGUCCAAUUCCACCUCCUUUAUUGGGUUCUCCUCCAGAUUGGAAUGAGAUAAUGCUGUACAAGAUCAGUGAAGAUGCAAGGGAGCUUCUUUCUCUGAAAAGAACCAACAGCAACCUGAUUGUGCCUUCAGUCCAGUUCAAUGUCGCCAAGAAAACAGUCAAUCUCUUUAUGCCAGGUUUUGACAAGUCAGAAAUCAAGCUAUACCAAUUCAGGGGAGGAUCAGAGUUGCUGGUUGAAGCAGGGGACCAGAGGCGCAUUAUUCGUCUGCCAUCUCAGAUUCAAGGAAAAGUGGCAGGUGCCAAGUUUUCCGACAGAAGUCUUGUAAUCACAUUGCGGUAGUUUUGAUCUUCAUUUCUUGCUUCACAUAGAGAUAGUUCUGUCAAGAUCGUCUAUUAAAUAGCAUGCAUAGAGGUUCCUCCAGUUCUUUUCUCUGUCUGUGUUUUGUCAACUAAAAGCCCCUCUUCUUUAAACUGACUUGUAUCCGAAGAUAAUGUGAUUCAAAUUUGCAUUCAAUUUAAAUUAACUCUAGUGAAUGAAUACCAUAUAAGAUUCAUUGUUUUCUUUAUUCAACAGCUGAACCCUUGGU